AUGAACCACGCCAAUGCUGCUGCGGCCAACGGCAAGAUCUACAUUCUCGGCGGACUCUCCGGCGGUGCGGCCUUCCGCGCGCUUCCAAGCUGCUACGAGUAUGAUCCUGCGACCAACACGUGGAGUGAGCUCCCUUCCAUGCCCAAUGGCACGGAGAGGGGCAGUUCCAUCCUUGGUGUCACUGGCGAUAGGAUUAUUGUUGCCGGCGGCAUCAGUCUGCUCGAGCUCGGAGAAGAUGGGCUCCAAGAGACUGUCGAUACUGUCUCGUCUUACAAUUUUAUCACAAAGGAAUGGGAGCCAUUACCUAGUCUACCUGAAGGCCGCGAGCACGCCGGGGGUGGCGUCAUCGGAAACAACUUUUACGUCGUCGGCGGCCGAUUCCGUAGCCAGACGGCAGUCCGCGACACAGUUUACGUCCUCGAUCUCAAGACGCUCAAGUGGAGCGAGCGAGCGCGAAUGCCUACCCCUCGAGGCGGUGUCUCAGUGGCUAUUGUCGGGCAACGAAUCUACACCUUUGGGGGCGAAGGAAAUCUGGAUCCGGAGGCUGGUUUCGUGUUCAACGAAACGGAGGUGUACGACGCGCGCACCAACUCCUGGGAGAAGCUUCAGCCGAUGAACACCCCUCGUCACGGCAUGGCGGCUGUUCCGUACAAUGGAAGUGUCUACACGCCCGGUGGUGGCAUUCGCGACUUUGGCAUCGUUGAUAACAUGGAGGUUCUCCACCCCAACACACUUAGCUGGUAG